AUGGACGUCUACUGCGCCAUCUACAUGCUGGGUCGCCGCUACGAGGGGACAGCUGAUCGACGCGAGAAUGGCACGCGUCCGAGCAGAUGGAAUCUCGACGACAUUCCAGGAUGGGAAUUGACUGUCGGCAUCGAGAUUCACGCACAGCUCAACACAACGCGCAAGCUCUUCUCCAACGCCCUGACCGAUCCCUCCCCCGAGCCCAACUCCAGAGUCGCCGAGUUCGAUCUUGCUCUUCCCGGUAGCCAGCCGCAGUUUCAAUACGCUACACUGAUACCUGCUAUCCGGGCUGCGACAAUUCUCGGAUGCGACAUUCAACAAGAGAGUCGCUUCGACAGGAAGCACUACUUCUACCAUGAUCAGCCAUCCGGUUAUCAGAUCACGCAAUACUACCAUCCGUUCGCAAAGGAUGGUGUGGUGGUUCUUGACUCGAGUGAUGGGCUAGAGCCAGAUCGACAGUUGGUCAUCGGAAUUAAGCAAGUGCAGUUGGAACAAGACACGGCAAGGACGCAAGACCAGGAUGCUGGGGUGACUCUCGUUGACUUCAACCGAGCAGGUCAUCCUCUCCUCGAAAUCAUUUCGCUGCCGCAGAUUCACUCUCCCCGUGUGGCUGCAGCUUAUGUGAAGAAGAUUCAGGCUUUACUGUACGCCGUCGAUGCUGUCACGACGGGUAUGGAGCACGGUGGUCUGCGUGCAGACGUCAAUGUCUCUGUCCGUCGGACAAAUAGUGACCAGGAUGCAACCUUCUCAUAUGGAGGCGUGACCGGGCUGGGUCAGCGCACUGAGAUCAAAAAUCUUGGUACGAUCAAAGGUGUCGAAGACGCAAUCCGAGCCGAGCGAGACCGUCAGAUCGAAGUCCUCGAGAACGGAGGCGUGAUUGAAGGGGAGACACGGGGCUGGUCCAUCACCCGCCCAGACAUUACGCGAAGACUUCGCGGCAAAGAAGGCGAGGUCGACUAUCGCUACAUGCCCGACCCCGACAUUCCACCGCUCUACGUUGGGUCCGAUCUCACGCAGCACAUCGCCGCAACACUACCUCCGAUACCCGAAGAGCUGGCAAUGAUGCUCACGGACCUACACGGUCUCUCGAACGACAUCAUUUCACAUAUCGAGCCCCGCCUCCUGGCCAUGGCGGAGCCACUCGCCGCGCAGCGGAGAAUGACUGAGAUUGGCAAGCUGACAGGCAAUUGGGUCCUGCACGAACUUGGCUCUCUCCUCACCACGCACGAACGCGCCUGGUCUGAAGCCCUCGUUCCUGUCCGGGAGUUCUCUGCCCUCAUGAGAAUGUUGUACUCGAAUGAGCUCACCACAACGUCGGCGAAGCACGUCCUCAAGACAGUGUUCGAGAGCGGGGGACAACGUACGGUCCAGGAGAUCGUGGAUACCGAAAAGCUGGCGUUUCGACCGCUUUCGCAGGAUGAAUACAAGAAGCUGGUGGAAAAAGUGAUUGCGCAGUUUCCGGAUCACGUCAAGGAUAUUGUCAAGAAGGGCAAGCACAACAAGAUCAAGUUCUUGAUGGGACAGAUGAUGAGCUCCGGCGACAGGAGUCGCAUACAGGCUCCAGUGGCAGAGAAGCAUCUCAGACAACGACUCCUGGGUGAUGCACAUGCGGACAGCUAG